UCUCUCUCUCUCUCUCUCUCUCUCUAAAAUCCUUCAUUAAUAAUGGGUGGAAAAAACCCACCACCACCACCAUCAUCAUCAAUCUCAAAUCAUGGGUUCUCUACUCUCCUCCUCCUGUCUCUCGUUCUUCUCUCUCUCCUCCUUAUAACCAUUACGACUCCAUCGAGAGCCCCGUUGGAGUCGCCGGGGACAUUGUCGAAUGAGGGCUGCGAUUACUCGAGAGGGAAAUGGGUCUGGGACGAGGAGAGCGUUAUCGGAUCCUAUUCGGAGGAGUGCCCGUUUCUGGACCCGGGUUUUCAGUGCGUUAGGAACGGGAGGAAUGAUACCGGGUACAGGUAUUGGAGGUGGCAGCCUCACGGCUGUGAUUUGCCUAGAUUCAACGCUACGAAGAUGCUAGAAAAGAGCAGGAACAAGAGGAUAGCCUUCGUGGGCGACUCAAUAGGAAGAAACCAGUGGGAGUCCCUACUGUGCAUGCUCUCAUCAGCGCCGACCAAGAACGAGUCCUCCAUCUACGAAACCAGCGGGAGCCCGAUCACGAAGCACAAGGGGUUCCUCUCCAUCAAGUUCGGUGACUUCAAUCUGACCGUCGAAUACUACAGGUGUCCGUUCCUCGUCGUGGUCGGUCGCCCCCCUUCGGGUUCGCCCCGAGAAGUUCGGAGGGCUAUCCGCGUGGACACGCCUCAGUGGAUGUCCCAAAAAUGGAAGGGAGCUGACGUGGUUAUUUUCAACACUGGGCAUUGGUGGACGGAUGACAAGACGAUCAAACAGGGGAAAUACUUUCAGGUCGGUGAAGCUUUGAACAGGACUCUGGACGUUAGAGAAGCAUUUCAAGAGAUGAUUAAGACGAUGAGAGACUGGGCUUUGAGUAACAUGCAGCUGGAAAGCAGUUUUCUCUUCUUCAGGAGCUAUUCUCCAUCGCAUUUUAGGAACGGAGACUGGGACAGCGGAGGAACGUGCGACGCCUGGGUUGCACCAGAAGCCGACGAUGCCGAACUCUCGCCUGAUCCAUGGUACAACGGGGUCAUGUACGAAACUAUAAAAACAAUGAGGGGUCACGGAAGAAAUGUGCAUUUUCUCAAUGUUACGCAUCUCACAAAUUUUAGAAGAGAUGCGCAUUGUUCGAGCCAUAGGGAGCCAGGGACCCCUGUCGAUGCUCCUCAUGAUUGUAGCCAUUGGUGUUUGCCCGGAGUCCCAGACACUUGGAAUACUCUUUUGUAUGCGUCUUUGUUGGCUAAUGGUUACGGUGAUAGGACACAUAUCUGAUUGGUGUAAUUAAUAGAUUGCAACUAACCCUUAGACUAUCUCCAGCAGGAGUCGAAAUUUUAACAUUCUCUCUCCUGCCACAUCAUUUUAUUCCCCCUCCACAUAAUUCA